CACUAGGCCGGUAAUACCAGAGCCCCGCCUGUGUGUGAGUGUGUGUAUCGCUCGGAGGCGGAUGGGGAGGAGGACGCGCUGGUUCGUGACUGGAGACGGACGGUGAGCGGCGGCUGGGUCUGUACUGUACUGAUACACGGGAGAGAGACCAGGGCUGCGGUUUGGGCUGAAAGCCGACAUUCCGUCGUUUUGUUGGGGCUGUGGAGCCGCGGAGAGGUAACUGAUCCAGUGCACCUGAGAAAAGAUACCAACCAUGUCACUGUACCCGUCUUUAGAAGACAUGAAGGUGGAUAAGUUCAUCCAGGCACACAACACGCCUACUGCCAGCCCAUCCAGAGCACUGCCACUGCCAGACCCCACCCACUGCCCGACGAGCCCUGCCGAAAGUGAGUCAAAAGUGGAGGAGAUUGGCACAGGUACUUCUGGCAAGUUAUACCCCGAGCUGAGUGAGUUUAUGGGCCUGAAUCUCAGUGUAGAUGCUCUACAGGUUCUGUCUACUACUGUUCCCGAACAAACCAGUGGAGCUCUCAGUGUCCACUCAUCUGGCAUGAACUGGGCAGCUGCUCCCAUAACAGGCGGUGAUCUGGGCGUGAAGAGAGCUGAGAUCCGACAGGGUGUCAGAGAGGUGGUGCUGUGCAAAGACAUGGACGGCAAGAUCGGCCUCCGACUCAAAGCUAUAGACAACGGUGUUUUUGUGCAGCUGGUGCAGGCUAACACUGCGGCGGCGCUGGGUGGACUUCGAUUUGGUGAUCAGAUUCUGCAGAUUAACGGAGAGUCGUGUGCUGGCUGGAGCAGCGACUGUGCACACAAAGCACUGAAGAACGCCAACCCUGAGAGAAUCACACUCGCUGUACGAGACAGGCCACUGGAACGCACGGUCACUCUGCACAAGGACAUGAACGGCCAGCUGGGAUUUAUCUUUAAGAAAGGCAAGAUCACCUCCAUAGUGAAGGACAGCUCUGCAGCUCGUAAUGGACUCCUCACUGACCAGCAGAUCUGUGAAAUCAAUGGACAAAAUGUGAUUGGGCUGAAGGACUCUCAAGUGUUGGACAUCCUUAAUUCUAGUGACAGGGUUGUGACCGUAACUGUGAUGCCGAUGGUCAUCUUCGAGCACAUGAUGAAGAGGAUGUGCAGCAGCAUUGUGAAGUCCUUAAUGGACCACUCCAUUCCUGAGGUGUGAUAUGAACUGAGCCAGCGCCGAACAGGCUUGUUUUUGUGUGCAGGUCGACAGUUUUGUGGGAGUGAUGUUAUGCAUACAUACACAGUGUGUGGGCAUGUGUGCAUUUUAAUAGAAGAGAAAAUAAAGAGAGGGGGGAGCUUUUUCUUUUUUCAGUUUUCUUCUUUUCCAUGAUUAAAGGAAUACUCUCGGGUUUUUUAACUUAAUCUCUGUUUACCAGAUCUGCUGCAAACAGCAUAUUACCAUUGUUAGAUUCAUAUAAUUGCAAAUAUAAAUGUGAUAGAAUCCCAUAAGAAGAUGCUGAAGCUACUGUACUGCUCACUGGCUCAUACUGCAUGUGUGCUACAGAGAUGGAGAUAGUGAUUAUGUUUAAAUAUUUGAAGUAUUUCUUUAAUCGGUUUGUUUAUGUAGGAUGUAUAUUAUUUUUUAAUAAUAUUAUGUUCAUGAUCAUGUUCAAGUUUCAAAAUGCAAAUAAUCUUAUAUUGAAAAAGUAAAUAAGGGUAUUUAUUUGACCAUAGCAAGACUGACACAUAUUAGCAUGAUUAUUUUAAUCAUUUACCUUGCUAUAGGCAAAUAAACUUGUUUUAGGGCAAAGUCCUCUACAUUUUACUGUUGUACUUUUUUUUUGAAUGACAUUGAUAGAAAUCUCCACUGCUUGUUUAACCUUUUCUUAUCCUUGUAAUGCCCCAGUGUCCAAAGAUCACCUGUCUACAAAACUACAGACUAAAGCUUCCUGAACAAAUGGCCCAAAUUUUCUGCAUAUGCAUAAUAUAUAAAAACACUUAAAAAAAAUUGAGAAACAUAAAAAAGUAAGUAAGAUAAAAACAUAGAUAAAUGUGCAAUUUGAAAGCCAUUAUAAAACUAUGCAGAGGUGACAACUUUUAUAGACAAGCAUUACAUAAAAGACCUGCUUUAUGACUAGUAAAUAUGUUGAAAACUUAAUAAUAAUGUAGUUUGUAAAAAAUAUCUAAUUUGUAGUAAUGACACUGUCAGGCCUGAGUUGUAUGUGUAGGCCUAACCUCUAUUAUUUAUACAGUAUCUAGACUGUCAGUCAGAGAUGACAGCGUUUUAUUAGUUGAGUUCAUGCAGUGAUGGUAAAAGCUACCGUACAUCAGGUUUAAAGCCAGUAUUAGUAUCGCUGGUCUCUUUAUAAUCACUGAAUGAGUUGUAUUUGAAUCAGGGGAAUUGGUUCUUAGAGAUCGUUGUUCUCCACUUCAAACAGAGAAGCACGUGCACUUCAUUUACUUUUUGUUCAAGAGACUCUCUAAUCCAGUGUCUGAUACAAAUGGCAAUGGCAUAGGAAAGGAGAGCUAUAGUAAAUAUGUUCUAUUCCUCCAAUACAGGCAUAUUCAUCUUCAUUAUCCAAACUGACAUGUUGUCCAAAGAUAUCAGUGUGUUUUGAUAAUUCAACCUCAAUAAAAACCCAAACAAAUGA